AUGAAUUUAAAGUCCAUCGUUAGCUGGUUCAAGGAACAUCUUCCCAGUUUUGAUGUCGACGUGGACAAGCAUUUUAGAACUUUAAGAGUCCGCAAAUAUUCUCAGAUAUGUCUUUUAAUUUCUUUCAUUAUAAUAUGUGUUAUUAUACCCUUAAUGAAUUAUUUGUUGCUAACUGACAAAUUCUUCAAAAUAUGUCACCAUUUAAAGCAUCAUGUUUUCAACAGAAGAUCAUGGGUUCACAAAACACAUAUGUAUCACAAACAGUCACUACAACUAUGUUUAAUAUGCUUUGUUUUCACCUCGUUUUUUGUUAUACAAGGCGCUAACGGAGAUCUGUUAGAAAUUACUAAGCGAAUGGGGAGAAUUUCCGUUGCUUUGAUGCCACCUUUACUAUUUCUAACGUUGAGGCCAUCACCGUUACCUCACACGUUAUACUUAGCAUUGUUACCUCUCCACAAAUGGAUUUCCAGAAUUGUUGUGCUUGAAUCUAUUCUACACACGUGGUUCUAUCUCUAUUACAUGUACAUUAAUGAUACGUUAUACGUGAAAAUGAGAAAACUACCCAACAUUUAUGGGGUUAUUGCCCUCGGCCUUUUCCUACUGAUUGCCAUCACCUCUGUGAGAUAUGCCAGACGAUGGAGCUACAGAGUUUUUUACUAUGUUCACUAUGUAAGCACAUGGCUUAUUUUGGUGUUUCUACAUUAUCACGCUCGCCCAGGAAUUUCAUAUUAUACCACUUUAAAUGUGCUCAUAUUAACGGGACAAAUCGUCUAUAGGCUCCAUAUCACCAAUGUUACGAGAGUUACGAUAGUACCCAUUUCUUCAUCAUUGUCUCUUUUGGAGUUCCCAUUAACCGAUUUACCCAAAAAGCCCAUCCUACCAGGAGGGCAUCUAAGGAUCAACAUUUACCAUAGAAAUUUUUUAAGGAGGUUUUUCUCCCAUUUGAUACCCUUCCAACAUCCUUUUACUAUUGCUAGUAUUCCAAGUGAUAAUUUGGUCAGGUUAAUUAUUAGAAACGGGCAUUUUCCAUUGCGUACAAAUGAAAAGUAUUACAUUACAGGGGCUUUUGAACCUGAGUUGAGUUUCAUUUCUAAACCUACUGUUCCUUUUAAUAUUACCACGAAAUCUUCCAAGAAUCCAUUUCGAAACAAUUCUUCUGCACUAAUAAAUUCGCCUUUAAAUUUUCUAAUUAAAGCGCAAAGAGUGUUUAUGUGUGUUGGAGGUUCAGGAAUUUCCUUUGGCUUACCACUACUUCGUAUUCUAAACUUCAACGGUGUAAACGUUAGGCUCCUUUGGGUUUCUAGAGAUUAUAAGGAUCUGGAAGUAUUGAACCACUUCAAAAACAAUUUUGAAGGUAUGGAGAUAUAUAUUAGUGGCACCGAAGGCAACGAACAGGACAUAGAAAUUGAUUAUAUUGACUAUCAUGACUGCGCUGCUGAUAUUAAUGAUGAAGUCAGGAGUAUUUCUUCGAGCGGCCGAGUUUCAGAACUGGGAGAUAAUUCCAUGUUAUCAGAUGGAAAUCCCCAACCUACGGAGCCCAAUGAGAACACAGCCCUUCUAAGUAAGAAAUCUACCUUGAGAAACCAUCACCCACCAAAAACAAGUGAUAUACCUGACAUCAAUGCUGAUGACGAGAUAGAUUUUACAUAUGCUUUUAGCAGAUCCAAAUCAAGGAAAAAUACUGCACAAGGAACUCUAACUACACAUUCUUCGUUUAACGGAUCGAGCGUUUUCAGACAACCAAAGAUCAUUGAGCCACCUGCCCAAGAUCCUUGUUUAGAGGCGGCGCCUAAAAAGAUCAGAAUUCCCGCAGGUGUUAAAGUGUUCUUUGGCAGGCCUACACUUGGAGAUAAGGAUUAUGAAUGGUGUCUGCAAACCGAAUGUGAUGCAGAGACGGAUUCUAUUCAAUGUUGCAGGUGGGCGAAUCAAGGCAGAGACCAUGCUGAAUAUUUGUCACAAGUAUGGGUUCUCGCUGCAGGCCCUAGAGGCUUAAUUGAAAGCACCAAAAGAUGGGCGACAGAUGGUGGUUUACACUUUCACGGAGAAAGUUUUGCAUUAUAA